AUUAUGUACCACAUUCAUUGCCGGGGCGGGAAUAUAAUAACCAUCGAUCGCUCGUAAUUUUGCAUUUAUUCGUUUCCCAUCGACUUUUUUUUUCGAACCAAUCACUGAUAGCGGCUGAUAGUUGGAACAGUACUUUGCCAAGGAAACCACACACAGAUGAGCAGAUAAGUGAAACCACUCUUGAACGAACGAAGUAGUAUCGUAUCUGUCGCAGAUUGUUCCGUAUUGAUCUAUACUCUCUCGUCAAAACGUAUUAUAAACGUUCUCAUGAAAAUAAAAAAAUCGCGCUUCCUUAAGGGGAAACUCCCGUUUCUUCAAAAAGUGACGAAACAGAGACGAGAUUUACGUAAUCGUGAUGCGUGAUCCGGUGUGUACUUUGACGUUUCAUAAAGUACCAUUAAAAACCUGUUUCUCUUUGUGUGUGCAGAAGGUAAAUGGCCAAGUAUAGAAAUUGUAUUCAUGGUUUCACGCAGCAGUUUUACACAACGUACGACUAAGAGCACAUCUUCAUAAGGCAAUCGUGAUAUCAAGACACGGCAUAAAUACGUAUUCAAUCUGAUUUCUGUAAAUAUAUCCGCGCAAAAUUUUUAUGGCGUCAAAAAAGAUACGAACCAUGUGUUUAGAAGAGAACAACAUUACUGAAGCGAGCGACAAGCCAGAACCUGAUAAACACAUUUGGAUCUUCAUAGACAGCUUCCUGUUUAUCGUGAUCGUUUCGGGAAACGCUCUCACGAUACUGGCCAUCGCGUGGACUCGCAAGCUUCGAAAUGUCAUUUCCAAUUAUUUUAUACUCAAUCUAGCGGUGUCGGAUCUCUUGGUGGGUGUAACGUUGCCCUAUCACUUUGCGUUUUACGUGGAUCAAUCGUUGAGAAACAACAAGACGGUAUGCAUCUCACGCUUCGUCAUCGUCGGCUUAGCGUGCGGCGGGAGCAUAUACAAUCUCAUAGCGAUCGCCAUAGAUCGUUACAUCGCUAUCGUGCAUCCGUUGAGUUACAAUGCGUACGCGACGAGAAAACGAGUACUGAUAAUCAUAGCCAUCACUUGGAUAUUCGUCACGGGCGUGUAUUCGAUUCCGAUAUAUUGGAAUUGCUUCGAUACCGCAAAGACAUGCGAAUUCGACACAAUAUUGCCGAGCUGUUUCCUAGCGUAUAUACUGCUGCCGUCCUUUUCUCUCAGUUGGAUAGCAAUGUUUCUAUUAUAUUGGAAGAUUUGGAGAGAAGCGCACUUGCAUGCACGCCGAAUGAAUCUCAGUAUUAUUCCGAACAUUGCUGGGAAACAUGAUCAUAAAAGCGUAAACGUGGUGCUGCUGAUACUUGGCUGCUUUUCAAUUUGCUGGCUUCCCUUUUUCGUUAUGGCCUGCAUUCAAUUCUUUGGUGAGAAAACGGAUGUAACAAUGCUAUGCUACAAAUGCGCGUUUGCAUUAGCUGUCGCUAAUAGCGGAAUGAAUCCCUUCAUAUACGCGUGGAAAAACACCAAUUUCCGCAAGGCCUUUCAGAAAAUUUUGCACUUCAAAUCACCAAAUAAAAAUCUAAACUCAAGUUUUAAAAUAUACUUGGAGAAUCAACGUGAGUUAAAGAAACAACAAACGAAUGUAGAAAAUGGUAUACACGGAAACGAUAACUUGCACGAAUAUUCGUCCAGUAGUCAAUCUAAUUUAGCAGAAGAGAACAGAAUAGACAACACAAUUUUGUGAAUCGAAUUCUAUAGAGUUGAAAAUUCGAUAGAAAUCUCAAUCUCUAGUAGAAAAUUAUAUAAAAAUUGUUCCACUUUUUUUAUAUUUGUUCGUAUAAAUGUCUUCUUUUUCAAAAAUCAAAAACAUAGAUAAAAAAAAUUGUAAAAGUAUCACGACAAAUUAUC